AUGCUGCUCCCCAUCGCCGCCGCAACGCUCGCCGUCGUGCCCUUCAUCCUGACGUCCGACUCGGCCUCCAGCGCAACCGCCGCCAAGCUCUGCACCUUUCUCUACCUCGUCAUCCGCCUCGUGCCGCUUCUCGUGCGCCUGUCGGGCAUCGCCAUAGGCAAGAACAUCCGCGCCAGGACGCAGCAGCGGCGGGAGGCUCUGCUGGCCCGCGCCGAACAGGACGAGAAGGACUUCAGCGCAAGCCGCAAGAAGACUGAGGAUGAGGACUGGGAGAAGGUUGGAAGCCGCUCGUCCGGCUCCUCCACGCCUGGCGACCAACAAGACAAGGACUGGCAGGGGGUAGUCGGCUUCUUCCAUCCAUUCUGCAACGCCGGAGGCGGUGGUGAACGAGUGCUCUGGGCCGCCAUCCGCGCAACCCAGAAGCGCUGGCCCCGCGCCGUCUGCGUCGUCUACACGGGCGAUCACGACGUCGACAAGGCCACCAUCAUCCAGAAAGUCGAGGACCGCUUCAACAUCCAGCUCCACCCCCCGACGAUAGCAUUUCUCUAUCUCAGCACCCGCCAUUACGUAUUGAGCAGCACAUGGCCUCACUUCACUCUUUUAGGACAAUCGCUUGGCUCUUUGAUCCUUGCUCACGAUGCCUUUAAUCUCCUUGUGCCAGAUAUCUUCGUCGACACGAUGGGUUACGCCUUCGCGCUCGCCCUGUCGAAAUUCUACUUCCCAUUGGUCCCCACGGGCGCCUAUGUCCACUACCCGACCAUCUCCACCGACAUGCUGGGUUCCUUGGACGCCUCGCCGGAGGAGAAGGAGGGCCAGACGCGAGGCGUGAACGCAGGCGCGGGGCGCGGGGUCAAGGGCAAGCUGAAGAAAUGGUACUGGAUCCUCUUUGCAAGGCUAUACAGCUACGUGGGCAGCUUCGUCGACGUUGUCAUGACCAACUCGACGUGGACGCAAGAUCACGUCCAGAAGCUCUGGGGGCCCAGGCCGAAGCGCGUCCAGUGCUUCGACUCGCUCGUGCUCUCGUUCGUGCUUUCACGCAAGGGUCUGCCCACCGAUCACGAAUCCUAUCCCAUCGAGGUCAACUUCCCGCCGGUUGCCGUGGAGGAAGUGACCGAGCAGAUCGAGGUCUCGGAGGCGACCGAGGCGGAGAGGGGACCUUACUUGCUCUACAUUGCUCAGUUCCGGCCGGAGAAGAACCACCAGCUGAUCCUGCAUGCUUUCGCGGAGCUGCUCAAUUCCUGGCCGAAGAAUUCGGAGGAAAAGCAGAGGCCGAAAUUGGUGCUGAUUGGAUCGGUGCGUAACCCUGAGGACGCUACGCGCGUCUACAACCUGCGUCUCCUGGCGCACGAGCUGCGGGUCAAGGAAUCGGUCGAGUUCAUUUGCGACGCCACAUGGCCGCAGAUUCUCUCCUGGUUACGACGCGCGAGCAUCGGCGUCAACGGCAUGUGGAAUGAGCAUUUUGGCAUCGGCGUGGUCGAGUACCAGGCGGCCGGGCUGAUCAGCGUCGUCAACGACAGCGGAGGGCCCAAGCUGGACAUUGUGGUCGAGAUUGACGGCAAGCCAACAGGGUUCCAUGCAACGACGGCAGCACAGUUCGCCGAAGGCUUCCGGCAGGCGCUCUCGCUGUCGGAGCAGGAGACGCUGGAAAUGCGGCAGAGGGCUCGGCGCAGCGCAGGCCGUUUCACGGAAGAAGUGUUUGCGAGCAAAUGGCUCGUGCAGAUGAGCAGGUUGGUCGAGCUGCAGCGCACAUUGCACCCGAAUUGA